CACGCCGCGGGGGCCCCCUGGCGGUGGCGGGUCGGAGAUCUGUACAUAGAGCGGCCGGGAUGAGGCGCGAGGUGAGAUCCCGGGCCCAGGUCACCUUUGCGGACAUUGCAGUGUCUUUCUCCGAGGAGGAGUGGAAGGGGCUACACGCGCAGCAGAAAGCGCUGUACCGGGAGGUGAUGACGGACAAUUACCACAACCUGACAUCCCUGGGACUCAGCGAAUCAGCCCCUGAGAUAGUGGUGAAGAUGGAGAGCGGGGAAGAUCCGUGCGUCUCUCAGGAACACGCAGGUGACUGGGAGGUAAGUGGCAGCCGUGAUACAGAGACUGCCUGGACUCGUGAGGUCCUUAUAGAUCGGCAGGGUAAAGAACGACAGAACAAACGUGGGGACCAGAGAGGCUCCAGAAACUGCGCGGCGGGACGACGGGUGGUCAGUAGACGAUCUUUACGGCUGGAAAAGAGAAGCCCCAUACUCUGGACAGAUGAGGGAACUGCAAGGAAAACAGAUUCCCCCAACAUGGCCACCCAUAGCACAGAGGAGCCUACCCACAUUCUGUCCAACCACAACACAGAAAAGACUGCCCCCAUUCUUCUCAGCCAUAGCCCGGAUAAGACCACCCCCAUUCUUCCCAGCCAUAGCACGCAUAAGACCACCCCCAUUCUUCCCAGCCAUAGCCCUGAUAAGACCACCCCUAUUCUUCCCAGCCAUAGCCCGGAUAAGACCAUGCCCAUUCUUCCCAGCCAUAGCACGGAUAAAACCACCUCCAUUCUUCCCAGCCAUAGCACGGAUAAGACCACGCCCAUUCUGUAUCACCAUGACUCAGGGCACAAUUCCAGCCAUUACCAGCCUCCCAUUGCUGGCAAAGAGAGGUCACUUGGUAGAGAUAGAUCCGCUAUGCAGGCGACCAACCAGUAUCUCCGUGCUAUAAAUCUGAAGAAACCUUUUAAGGAAGAAUGUGAUGUCCAGGAGAACUCUGACUUAUCGGAAGACAAGGAGAAGCUGCACACCUGCACUCAGUGUGGGGAGAGCUGGAACCGUCUCAUUGACUUCUUAACCCAUCAAAUGGGCAAUUGCCAAGAUCGGCCCUACCAGUGCAGCAUGUGUGCUAAGACCUUUGUGAAGAAGCAGCACCUCAGCGCUCACCGGAGGACCCACACGGAGGACAAACCGUACAAGUGUAACCAGUGCGGGAGAAGUUUCCGUCAGAGUUCUACCCUCACCACCCAUCUGUGGAGUCACGCCGGACACAAACCUUUCCACUGUACCUGCUGCACCAAGCGUUUCAGCCGCAAGACGGACCUGGUGGCCCACAUGAGACGCCACACCGGGGAGCGACCUUACGAGUGUCCCUACUGCUGGGACAGGUUCAUACGCAAGAAGUCUCUCCAGAGGCAUCUCCAGAAACACUCAGGAGAGAGCUUGCAGGCAGGAUGGCAGCAGAACUACCCCAGGUGGAAGCAGAGUGACAACUUUUUGGACGUUGAGUAUCCCACUGAGAAACUGCCAAAUGUUCCACCCUCCGAAACCACAAGUGAACUGUGCUUCCGAUGGGAUGCGGAGGGGAAUGCGGAAUCCCCAGAAGCAGAGCAUCUGCAGCUUCAGGAACAUGACGCUCUUGGGUCAGUAGAAUCGGUGAAAAUUGAGUUGGAGGAGGAAGAGCACGUUCCAGAGAGUGCUACCAGGAGAGAGCAGGCCACGCAGACAGAGAACAAGAGGCCCAGCCGCAUGCACCAGGAGAUGUUACGGGAGCUGAAAAGGUUCCGCAGAAGCACUGCGCAGGCUCAGCAUGAACGGGAUUGGAUGAGGGCAGCCAUGGACCAGCUGGCUCAUGAGAUGAAGGAGCUGAAGGAGAUGGUAGCCUCGCUCUGUUCCUCCAAACCAUUGUCCGAUGCCUGCAGAUCUCCAUCACAUCCUCCUACUAUAGUAGUGCAGAAUUCCUGCCCAGUGUGGAGCCAAGCUUCAGAUGACAGACAGUCUACGGAGUCUGGCCAGGCCUCUCCGGAGAGUAGUCUGCAGUGUGAGUACGGCUACGGUCUGGACUCCCUCUCCGAACAGAACAGAGAACACGUCUCAUGGAUGUACGAGAAUCCUCAUGAUGAAGAUGACAUGUUACCCACGACCACCAUCAAACGAGAGGAUGAAUCCGACCUGGGCACCUCUCUAGAUUCUCCUUUCUAUGGACUCCCACAGUACGCUCCGUGCAGCAUGGGGGAGCGGCUGCCAAACAUUGCCAUGCAGCCUAUGAGUGCGGAGAGAGAAUGGGGUCUCCUGGCCCGGAGCGCAGGGAAACCAGGCAGGUUUGCCGCUCUCGUGUUUCGGGCCGUAGUUCCAUUUGAUAUCUAUAAAGGGUGGGUAAACCGCGUAAACCUGGACGGCCUGCGAGGCAGGAAAGGCGUGCCGCUGAAUGUCAAGAGGCGGGUGAUGGAGAUCGUGGAGCGUCAUUUUACGUUGAGGAAAUCUGAUCACAGCGAAAUCCGGAACCGAUUAAAUGAACAGCUGCGCACCAGACGUAAGAGCGACAAGCACCCCCAGCCGCUGUUUUGAGAGCAUGGAGCGCUCACAGAUAGAGCAACUUGCCUUAAAGAGGGAGAAAUCAGACCCUGCUCUUGCGCAACGUAGGUGGAGGCUUCUACGUAUCUGACAUGGGUACAUCACGUAUGGAACUCUUAGCCCAUCCAGAAUGCACAAGACAGUGCUCUAAUAUCUCAUCUAUCAGGACUCAAUUCUAAUAUACAGGUCAAAGUAUCCAUGUGUCCAGGCACCCAGUGAUGUGGCCGAAGAGCUGAUAUAGUGUAACAAUGACAGAUACCAAAGAGCGGGACCUUUCUGUACAGAGGGGGAGAGACGAGGGGGCUGGGACAAACCCAAACAAUAUUUUUAGAAAAAUUUGAACAUAGGUUUUUUUUGGGCCUGGGGUACGUGUCUCUGGCCCACAUGUGAAUGGACACUUGCCCUAAGUGUACUUCGGUGACUAUGUCUUCCCCCAGGAUCCUUACUAAACACAGCAGAACGUUUUGUAUUGUAAAUAGUAUGCGCCUGUAGGUAGUGGGGCACGUUUCGUUACUUUGCUGGGCCCCUGACCAUAAUAGGAGUCAGCAGAGAGGAGUGUUGGUCUUGCCCCAAACAGGGUAAAUUCAGACUCCGACCCAUCUCUUGUCUUACUUUGAGCUCUGAUUUCCUUCAGAAAAUGUCUAAAUAUUUCAUGUCACUCCUGGGCCCUGUGGUUCUCCAGCUGGCGCCUCAUAUCCGGUGUCACUGAGCCGGCAUAUACUGGUUACAGUGUUUUCCCCUUUUUUCUAUUUCUGUUCAAUAAAGGAUAAAUUCUCA